AUGUAUGUUCCUUACCACCCAACACUGACCAUUGUAGCUACAAUACAUGGCUAUGAUUACAAGCUCAUCCAGGCUUCUUGCCCUACGGGUCUUCAUGGCACAUGGAGUAAGGUGACGGCGAUGAAGGAAGCCCUGAAAUAUUACGAAUUUGUUAUAUUCCUCGAUGGGGAUGCUAUGAUUCGCCAUCCGCACCUUCCUAUGGAAUGGCUUUUCAACUACUGGGACAUAACGCCCGAUACACUCGUCGCCAUGGCACUCGACCCAGACGAACCACAAAAUCGGGACGCGAAAGGAAAAACACUCUUGAACACGGGAUUUAUUAUUGGACAGAAAGACUCCAGGACGCAGGAGCUUUUUGAAGCGUGGGAAUCAUGCCCUACCGACAUUCGAUACCCCGACUGCUCUAAAUGGAGUCAGCAAUGGUCGCAUGAGCAAGCUGCCUUCGGGAAUUAUCUUCGAUAUGACACUGCGCUAGAGGGAGAAAUAAAGACUCUUUCAUGCGCUGAGGCGAAUGGAUACCCUGAGAUGGCUAAUAUAAACUGUACCGGGGAUUUUGUUCGGCACUAUUGGAUUUACAAGGAUCUGCUGCCGGCUACUGUUGAAAAAUCGAUUACAGAGUAUUUCCUACCCAGAGUGCAGCAGCUCUUUCACCAGAACUUCGCCAGCGUGGUGCUUAAUAUAAGCGAUUCCGUGGUGUCAAGCAUCAAGGAGUGA